AUGCUGAUUGGCAGACAUUUUGGGCUGACCCGCUUCUUCAUGUUGAUCUGGUUCUUCUUGGUGUCCCUCGGGUCUGCCUUGGAGCAGGCGCUAUGCUCUAGGGAAAACACUGGAUCGGUGACUACUAGUAAUAUCUGGAUGUCAAAUGGGUACUGUUCCAACUUUUGUAACCAAUACCGCUACGCCAUUGUCCAAGGAGAAAACUGUUGGUGCUCGAAUACGGCGCCAGGCGACACCAGCGACCUGGAUAAUUGCGACACUACCUGUCCCGGGUAUGGAUACGAGAACUGCGGAGGAGAUGGCUAUUACGGAUACAUCCAACUGGCAAACAAUUCUAAUGAUCCGGAGUCUUCAAGUUCCUCCGCCGGCCCAUCAAGCACUGCUGGUGGUAGCAUAUCGAGCUCGACCGCCAACAGUGGAUCGUUUUCUUCUUCCGAAACCAGUCCAAGUGAAACACCGUCCUCGGAUUCCACAUAUGCGGGUGCAAAUUCUGCUUCAUCUUCGUCUGAAAAAGAACAGACCUCCGCCACCACAGGCUCGUCAUCAUCGUCAAGAUCCGCCACUUCCUCCACUGCGUCGUCGACCACACCUUCGUCCUCCUCCUCAUCCCCCUCUUCGACUACCUCCUCCUCCUCCUCACUUUCCUCCACGACGUCUGCAUCGUCAGAAUCGUCCUCUUCCACCUCUUCAUCGUCGUCUCCUGCCUCAUCGUCCACCUCUUCGACCUUGUCACAAUUGCUUGCGUUCUCCACCUCAUCGUACCUCAGCUCUGCACAGGGAUCAGGCAUCUCCACAGCUCUUGUAACCACGAUGAUUAAAACAACCAUCACCUACACGCCAGCAUCGUCAGCCACCGAGGUCAACCAAAGCUCGCUGUCCGGCACACCUAUUGCCACAAACAAAAAUAGCUCGUCGUUUUUCGAUCACAAAGGAAGAGUCGCCGCAGUAUUUUCGGUGGUUGGCAUUGUAUCUCUCGCUCUGAUACUGCUAUUGACUUUCAUUCUUAGAAGACUGUAUUUGAACAAGCAUAAAGGACCGAUCGCCAUUGAGUCAGACACAGAAAGCUUUGAAAAGCCCGUCAUUAUCGGCACGCUGCCAAACACCCCAACACCAUCGAGUCCACCGCCGUCUGCUUCAGCAAAAAAGGCCUCAAUGUUCACGCUGCACCGCAAAUCGAGCUCGGCCCCCACUGCUGUCCAACGGCCAACCCCACUCUCGGACAUGGUGAUGGUUGACCAGAGACUGGACCCCCACAGUGAACUUUACAAUAAUAAUAAUUUCUCUACUCGAAGCCUGAGUGAUCAGGUCGAUUACAGCAGGAAAGUGCUUCGGGUAGCGAACCCUGACGCCUGA